AUGCACAACGACGCCUACCCCGAAUCUGGCGAAGAUAUAGCUCGCUCGCUUGUACCCGAGCUCCUCGCACGCGGUGCUUUCCCCGAGCUCAAGGCAUGCUUCCCCCUUUGGGACAGCCUCAAGCCUAACAUACCGCAGUCGGUCCGUUCCCUGCGAUUCGAGAAGGCUAUAUGGAGCUUCCGAGACGCUCUCAAGCUUGCUGAGAAGGGGAAAGACGAGUGGAGGAAGUGUCAGGUCCGCGAUGCUCUCGCCAAGAUCAUGUGGCAAGACCUGUCGAGCUUUGCAGACAAUCGAGAGGCCGAGCGAACGCGCCUGACUUUUGAAUGGCUCUUUGACAUUCUCCUCGCUUGGUCUGAUGAUGUGGACGAGGGAGAGAAGGUGGACGAGUUUUUCGUCAAGUUCCACCUCGACAUGAGCGACAUGCGACGCAACACAGCCCUCUCGCUCGCCGUCCGCGAACGCUUCACCAAAUCCUACAUCGACGCGCUUACCGCCUUCCGUCCCCUCCGACCAGCCAUGAAAGCGCUUCGCCGCCUUCUCCGCUUGGACGCAUACGAAUCUCUCAUUCAGCUCGCCAGCCAGCGGGCUAUCCAAUGUUGGGAUCUAAAGCAGUACAAGUACGCCCGACAAGCUCUGCUCGCCCACGAGUCGGCCAUCGCGAUGGCGGAGGAUCUCGAGCGGGAGUACGAGCAGGUCAUCAACGAGCGAAGUGAUCGGCGAGCGGGCAAGUGGAUGGAGACGCUGAACAAGCUGGUUCACGCUGCGGAUCGUGAGAAUGGGUACGAGUAUGUCUUUGGGCGGAUCGCGGAGGCUGCGGCGGACUGUAGGGCGUACAUCACGAAAUGUAUCAAAACCUUCAAUGCUGCGUUGCUGGACGACCCGGCCAAUAUCGUGGAGGGCGUGGAGGAUGCUCAAUCCCACUUCCGCAAUGCGGCAAUCAUUGCAGCCGAUUGCGACUGGAACCUCGAGGGAGAGGCACUCGUCCGCAUCGCUUCUACCUUGGCGAAGGUCCUUCGUCGGGCUGGCAGUGCCGAGAUUUUGUAUCGCCGGGCCAUCCAGCUCGCCGCAGUACACAACAACGUCGGCAUCACCGGUCCCUGGUUCAAAGAGGCCCAGAACGCACUCAAGAGCGAGCAAAAGGCCGAAGCCGAGGCGAACGAAGCGCGAUGGGUCAACAUCCGCGAGGCGAUCGGGAACAAGCUGUCCCAGCACCUCAAGCCGAUCGAGGAGCACACGGGCAAUUUGAAGGAGUUCAUCCAGGAGUGUCCCCCGCUCGCCACGCCAUCCGGCUCGGACUGUACCCCGGCAUACGAAGGCGGCAGCAAGCUACCCGACGGCCUCUUCCCUGAUAGCGCGGCGCCUAUCGUCCCACCCGCCCGAAAGAAGGCAAAGAAGGAGGUCGAGCCGGUCGCCCUCCCGAAAGUGUCAAAUAGCGCGUUUAGGAAGGUCGUGUUCCGGUAUCACCCCGAUAGAGGACAAGAAGGGUUUGGCGAGGUAUGGAGACAGACUGCCGAGACGAUCGUCAAGCAGCUCAACAAGCGGCGGGACAAGCACCACGAGCUGAAGCAUGGUCUGAGCCUUCGAGUGAGGAGGGUCCAAUCGCCGGGGCGGGAAGGAGAUUGGGUUCUGCGGCUCCAUUGUGCAGUCACCUAA